AUGACUACACCAUAUCUUGUGUUCGAGUAUGCGGAUAAUGGAUGCUUAAGGGAUUGUCUGUCAAACACAAAGAUCGCCGAGGAGCUUACAUGGGAAAAGAGAAUGCAGAUCUUAUCAGAUGUUGCAGUAGGUCUUCACUACAUUCACCACUACACAAAGCCACCAUAUCUUCAUAGAAAUGUCACUAGCAAGAACGUGUUACUAACGACGGACUGGAGAGCAAAGAUCUCCGGAUUCAAAUUGGCGAAACCUAUUACUAGGAAUGAAGACAUGAAACAAAAUGACAUCUAUCAUGAAUCUCUAAUGAUGGGUAAACUGGGUUACUUAGCACCUGAGUACCUUCGUUUUGGGUUGGUUUCACUGAAGGUAGAUGUCUUUGCGUUUGGAAUUAUUUUGCUUGAACUAAUUUCAGCUAAAGAAGCUCUCGUGGAUGGUUGUCUGUUGAAGGACUCUGUUGAUUUCUUGUCUAACGAUGUUCUUGAAGACACUUCAGGUUGUGUCGAGAAGCUAAAGGAAUUCAUGGAUCCUACUUUGGAAGGAAACUACCCAAUAGGUGAUGCGUUGUGUUUAGCUCUAUUGGCAAAGGGUUGUGUAGAAGAGGAUCCUCACCAUAGACCCACCAUGAAUGAUGUACUGAAAGCUCUUUCAAGAAUUGUUCUUCUUCCUUCUUGUCUUACUUGA